UCGGGGUGAACACCGAGGAGCGAUUGGUGGAGCACCUCCUCAACCCCGCCCAUUACAACAAACUGAUUCGUCCGGCGACCAAUGGGUCGGAGGUGGUGACCGUGCAGCUGAUGGUGUCUCUGGCACAGCUGAUCAGUGUGCACGAGAGGGAACAGAUCAUGACCACCAAUGUCUGGCUGACGCAGGAGUGGCAGGACUACCGGCUGUCCUGGGUCCCCGAGGAGUUUGACGGUAUGCUGAAGGUUCGCCUGCCCUCCAAGCACAUCUGGCUGCCAGAUGUCGUGCUUUACAACAACGCGGACGGGAUGUACGAAGUGUCCUUCUACUCCAACGCGGUGGUCUCCCACGACGGCAGCGUCUUCUGGCUCCCGCCCGCCAUCUACAAGAGCGCCUGCAAGAUCGAGGUGAAGCACUUCCCCUUCGACCAGCAGAACUGCACGCUGCGCUUCCGCUCCUGGACGUACGACCGCACCGAGAUCGACCUGGUCCUGAAGGCCGACGUGGCCAGCAUGGACGACUUCACGCCCAGCGGCGAGUGGGACAUCAUCGCCCUGCCCGGGCGGCGCAACGAGAACCCGGCCGACGCGGCCUACGUGGACAUCACCUACGACUUCAUCAUCCGCCGCAAGCCGCUCUUCUACACCAUCAACCUGAUCAUCCCCUGCGUGCUCAUCACCUCGCUGGCCAUCCUGGUCUUCUACCUGCCCUCCGACUGCGGCGAGAAGAUGACCCUGUGCAUCUCCGUGCUGCUGGCCCUCACCGUCUUCCUGCUGCUCAUCUCCAAGAUCGUGCCGCCCACCUCGCUGGACGUGCCGCUGGUGGGGAAGUACCUGAUGUUCACCAUGGUGCUGGUGACCUUCUCCAUCGUCACCAGCGUGUGCGUGCUGAACGUGCACCACCGCUCGCCCACCACGCACACCAUGCCGCCGUGGGUCAAGCUGGUCUUCCUGGUCCGGCUGCCCGCCCUCCUCUUCAUGCAGCAGCCCCGCCACGGUUGCCAGCGGCAACGGCUCCGGAGGAAGAGGCAGGCCUUCGAGCGCGGGGGCGGAGUCGAAGGGGGAGGAGGAAGGAGACUGGGGGGGGCGGCGCCGGCGGGGAGCGCGGAGUACCCCGCCCCCCCGGCCGAGAACAGCGACCCCUGCGCCUGCUACGUCAACCAGGCGUCCGUCAAGCAACUGGGGGCGGAGUCCGGGGGAGGGGGAGGGGCCACGGAGGGGCAGAACGGGCUGAGGGAGAGGAAGGACAGCGUGGGCGUGGGCUCCGCCCCCCUGCAGACCUCCAGCCUGACGCGGCCCGGGAAGCAGCCCUCGCCGCAGCCGUCUCCGCCCAUCCUGACGCAGGCCCUGCUGGGCCAGGCCUGCCCCGGGUUCGAGGAGGCGGUGGAGGGGGUGCGGUUCAUCGCCAACCACAUGAAGGGCGAGGACGAAGACCAGAGUGUGAGCGAGGACUGGAAGUACGUUGCCAUGGUGAUCGACCGGCUGUUCCUCUGGAUCUUCGUCUUCGUCUGCGUGGUGGGCACGCUGGGGAUGUUCCUGCAGCCGCUCUUCCAGAACAGCGCCGCCAAGCCCCUCGUCCACACGCCCGGCUGACCAAUCGGCGCCUCCGCAUCGCAGACGGACACUGCCAGCAGCCAAUGCUGAUCGAAACUGGACAGGAGGGGGGUGGGGGUGGAGGGUUAAAAAAAGGAAGGUCCUUUCCAGAAAGAUUCUUUAUUAAUUUGCAAACUGGACUUGAUGGAAAACCCAAGAGCAACCAACUUCAAGUUUAUACAAGGUUUAGAAAAUUUAUAUGAAACUUUUUUGAUUUUUGUUUAUAGAUUGACAACCCCUUUCUUUGGGCGUUCCUUACCCUCCACACCCCCAAAAAAUUGUUUUGAGAGACAACAGCACAAGGCAAUCAGGAAGGGGGAGGGGACACACUUCUGUGAUCCCUCUCUUCUCUCUAUGCAGACAGAAAUAUAAAAAUGUCUACUCAGCCCCCCUCCCAACCCAAAAUGCUUCGAGCUUACAACAAACCACUGGAAACUUGGAAUGAAGAAGCACACUCUUAAAACAGCAACGGAGAGAAGGACAGAAAAAAGAGGAAGAAACAUAUUUUUUUUGUGAAAAACAUUUUCUAAAGCCGUGGUAUGAAGGUUGAAGAUAUUUCCACAUGACCUAAUGAGACAGUGUCUUCUAUAUAGACAGAUAUUGAUACAAGAUAUUGUGAGAUACAAUUAUUUAGCUGAAAUAGGAAAUCUGACAUUAUGUACGACACAUAAAAAUACACGCACAAAACAUGUAUUAAUACACUUCUGUAUGGAGACAGUGCAGGGCAUGUGACCAAUCAGGUUUAGCCACUGGAAGAAAAUGCUGUGAUGUGGUGUAUAAAAACAAGGUUUGAGCCAGA